CGGUCUGUCAGUAAAUUGGGAAAGGGCUUGUCUCUGUGACACCUCUGACACUCGGGACACGGACCUGCUGGUGGGAUCGAACAGUGUGAGGGAUUAACCUAUCCAGGACACAGAGAACCCAGAGAGCGGGUGAGCGCUGCGUUUGUGAAGGAUGGAAAGUAUCAGGUCAAUGCUCCUGAAUGUGGGAGCCAAGGACCACUCGUUCUCGACCUACAGGAGGGAGAGGCUGGAGGACGAGCAGCAGGCCAUCAGGAUGGAGACCAAGCUGGAUGGUGCUGAGCAGGAAGACCCCGCGGGGCAUGGCGACUCAGUGGGCCUGGUGGUGCGGAGAUCCCUGAACCAAAAGAGAUGCCUGUUCUACCUGGUGCUGGGAGCCCUUUUCCUCCUCAUCAUCGCCUUUAUAAUUGGCUACGCCAGCUCCCGGAGAUCCUGCAAGGCCUGUGAAGAGGUUGGCCUAGAUAGUACAAGCGCCAUGGUGAGCAGCGAGUGUGACUAUCAGCGAGACACAGACACUGACCCGGAUCCUGUCCUGCACUGGGGAGACCUCAUGGCAAUGCUCAAGAAAUAUACCAAUCGACAGAACAUCAUCGAACACAUCAGGAUGGUGAGUGAAGAACCACACCCUUCUGGCUCCUCGCGGCUCCAUGAACUCACCACCACCAUUCACAAGAAAUUCAAGAGCUACAACCUUCAUCACGUCUGGGCAGACUCACACUAUGUCUCACUCCCAAUUCCAGACAGCUCUUCUCCAAACUACCUGUGGGUGACCAAUGAAAAUGGCACAAUUCUGGAGAAGGUGGACCUUGACAACGAGGCGUAUUUUGCCUACAGUCCGAACGGAGUGGCCUCGGGAGGAUUGGUCUAUGGUUACUAUGGGAGAAACGAGGACUUUGAGACACUGAAGAAGCAUAAUGUUGCUGUUCAAGGCAACAUUGUCAUUCUCCGGGUCGGACGCAUUAGCUUUGCUGAGAAGGUAGCCUCAGCUGAGCAGUAUGGAGCGACUGGUGUUCUGAUCUAUCUUGACCCCAGUGACUAUCAGCAGGGAUUUACAGGCCAGGAUUUCUACAGCAGCAGCAGUGUCUCAGGACAUGUCCACCUUGGGACAGGAGAUCCUUUCACACCCGGCUUCCCUUCCUUCAACCACACACAGUUCCCACCCAUCAACUCAUCGGCCCUUCCCGGAAUUGUCGCACAGCCCAUCAGUGCCAAUGCCGCCAUUCAACUCAUGAGCAAGUUAAAGGGUCCUGCGGCACCCCCACUCUGGAAGGGCAGACUCCCUGGCCUCUCCUACAAGCUGGGCCCUGACUUGGAGAAUCCUGGAGAUCAGCUCCAGCUCAGCAUCACCAGUCGCAUGGUUCCCACGAUGAUCAACAACAUCUUUGGCUCCAUCGAUGGCUUCUCGGAACCCGAUCGCUACAUCAUCUUCGGGGCACAGCGAGAUUCCUGGGGGAAAGGGGCUGCAAAGUCCGGGGUGGGCACUGCCAUUCUCCUCGAAUUGGCCCAGACCUUUUCCCAAAUGGUGGCAAACGGGUUCAGGCCGCGGAGGAGCUUGCUCUUUGCCAGCUGGGACGCAGGUGAAUUCGGCAGCGUCGGCGCCACCGAGUGGCUGGAGGGUUACCUGACUAUGAUGCACCUCAAGGCAGCAGCUUACUUCAGCCUCGAUAAAGCUGUCCUGGGGAAAGGCAAACUACACACUGAGUCUAGUCCGCUCCUCCACAAUUUGAUAAAGGCGACGAUUAAGCAGAUCAGCGACUCUUUGCAAGACAAUUGGCGGUACUACAAACAGAUCGUGAGUCGGCCUCUGGAACUCACCGAAAUCCUCCAGCCCCUGACCAUGGACAGCAGCGCCUACCCUUUCACCGCCUUCGCCGGAGUCCCCGCCAUGGAACUCAGUUUCCGUGAGCAAGACAACCUGGUCUAUCCCUUCCUCAACACUGCACAGGACACCUACGAGAACCUGAGAAUCAAGACCAAAAACAGACUGCCAGAUAUUUGUGAGGGAGUGGCGAAGAUUGUUGGCCAGAUAGCUCUUGAGCUGACAUUUAAUGACCGGCUCCAUCUGAACUACGCAAUCUACAGUGAGGUUACUCUGGAUUACCUUAACCAGUUCCGAACGUUCAUGCCAGAGCUAAAGAGUCGCGGACUCACUCUCCGGUGGCUGUAUUCUGCCCGUGGGGAUUUACUGCGUGCGGCCGAGCGACUGAACAACCUCAUCAGCACGUCGACAGUGGACAAUGAGGCCCUGAACCGCAUGUACAACGAUAAGAUCAUGAGGGUGGAGUUCUACUUCCUGUCUCAGUACGUCUCUGCCACUGACGCACCGUUCCGGCACAUUCUCCAUGGACGGGGUGACCACACACUGGAAGCCCUUUACAGACAUUUCCAGCUGCUUAAGGACAAUCCGAGCAAGUUUGACGAGAAGAAGUUCCGGAAGCAGUUGGCCCUGGUGACAUGGACCCUGCAGGGAGCUGCCAACGCUCUGAGUGGAGACGUCUGGAACAUUGGUAACAACAGCUUCUAGAACAUCCAGAUCCUCAACACCAUUGUCUCAUUCUUCACUGACCCUUCACUGAGAGAGGGAGCGUGCUGUGGGCCUCCUCAAACCCAGACAGACUUGGUUCAAUCAUCACUUGUUCGAGGCUUCCAUUCAGCUUCUCUCCUCUUCCAUCUCUCCCCUCCUUUCUGUCCUCUGCUCAUCCUUCACUCCUCUCCCCUCCUUUCCCUGCCUUCUCAUCUCUUCCUCUCCUCUCCUCACCCUUCCCUCCUUCUCCCCUCUCCAUCCCCACCUCUCCUCCACCAGUCUCCUCUUCUCCCACUCUUCCUUCACACACUCGGACGGCACGGUGACACAGUGGUUAGCACUGCUGCCUCACAGCGCCUGAGACCCGGGUUCAAUUCCUGCCUCAGGCGACUGUCUGUGUGGAGUUUGCACGUUCUCCCCGUGUCUGCGUGGGUCCCCUCUGGGUGCUCCGGUUUCCUCCCACAGUCCAAAGAUGUGCGGGCCAGGUGAAUUGGCCAUGCUAAAUUGCCGGUAGUGUUAAGUAAGGGGUAAAUGUAUGGGUGGGUUGUGGGUCGGUGUGGACUUGUUGGGCCGAAGGGCCUGUUUCCACACUGUAAGUAAUCUAAUCUAAUCACUCGCUCCCUCCGAACCUCUCUCUUCCUCCUCCAACCCUUCCCAGGAUAACCAGGGGCGGAGAGGGUGAGUAAAGAGGACUCCCCGUUGCCAUGUCUUUCUGAUCAACACCAGGCAGCAUGUCAGUUCAUGUCCCACGCAUCUUUAUCUCUGUUUCCAACUCCCCACCCCACAUCUCUUUCUCCCCAUGUUUCUCUCCUCUAUCUUUCCAUCUUACUCUUCUGUUUUUCCCUCUUUCGCUGUCCACCUCCUUUUUCUCCACAAGAUGGAAUUGUCUGCACAUUAACCAUUUCACUUUGAAUUCCUGCUGUUAUUGAUAAGUUUACUGGCGUCAGGAUCAGUAACUCCUAGUUCAGUUCAACAUUGAACCAUCAAUCUCUGGUUGGGAGUUCACGCCCCUCCCUGACUGAGGUGCAAAAUUGAUUUAACUUUUAAAAAAUCCAAUAAUUUUCAGUUUAAAUUUCAAAUCUCUAUUGCCUAAGGUUAGAUUCUCCGACACAGAUGGGGGUGUUGGAGGGCGGUUCAUGCUUGACACUGGUCCUGUGAUAACCUUUAUGCCCCCUUCACGAUCUGGUGGUGAGUAAUCGGAGGUCAUCGUGACAAAAUUAAAUAUGAAUGGUACCGAAACAGGCCAUUUGGCCCACCUGCUCCAUGCUGCUGUUUCUGUUCCAUAUGGACCUCCACUCCCAUUCCUCCCUUUACAUGUUGUACAAAUAUAGGAAAUUAGGAGGAGCGGGCCUCAAGCCUGCUCCAAUUUGAGAGAGCUUUGAAGAUUCACAAUCCUCAGAAGUGUCCCCUUGACCAUCAGAGAUAGGAGCAGAAGGCCAUUCAGCCCAUCGGAUGUGUGCUGCCGUUCAGAGAUCACUGCUGACCUGAUAAUUCUCAGGUUCUGAAACAAGGUCUUCUAUGCCUCAGUCGAACUGCCUCUUAGCCUUCCAGCAGAGUUUCACCCCCAUCACCUUCUUAUUCCUUUCUCCCUCCUGUUUAUCCAGUUUUCUCUUGAAUGCUUUGACACUAUAUUUGCCUCAACCACUUUGAGGUAGCAAGUUCCCCAUUCUCACCGAUCAUAUACCACAUAAGGAUAUUUCUCUUCACUACCACAGUGACUUUUUGGUGUUGAUCUCUGUGUAUCCGCAGUCUAAUCUCUGCAAGAGUCUGUCUCAUGAAAUUUUCCAACAUAGUUUUGAGGACAUCUUAUGAUGGUCAUGAUUUGGAGACGCUGGUGUUGGACUGGGAUGUUGAAAAUCCCCCAGCACCAGGUUAUUUUAGUCCAGCAGGUUUAUUUGGAAACACUAGCUUUCAGUGCGCUGCCCCUUCAUCAGGAUGGUUGUGGAGAAUAAGAUUGUAAGACAUGGAAUUUAUUGCAAAUUUAUUGUGUCUUUAGAUCUUAUGCUCCACAAGCACCUGAUGAAGGAGCAGUGCUCCGACAGCUAGUGCUUCCAAAUAAACCUGUUGGACUCUAACCUGGUGUUGGGUGAUUUUUAAUUUUAUGAUGGCUUCUCUUUUCUAGUGAAAAUAAUGUAGUUGUGUUCAGUCUUAAUUCAAUGCCUCUGUCACGUUCUUUUCCAGAAAGUAACUUAAAUAUGGGAAUUUAAAGUGAAUAGAUGAAUGGCUAAAAAAUGUCACAGCAAAUGAAAUUAGAUUGUGUGUUUGUCCCUCUAUAUCUAGUGCUUGUGUCAAGACUCUGGUUGUCAUCAAUGAUUGUUUAUCAGGGACAGUGAUCACUAUAAAUUAUUUUUUGUAAUAUAUUGUUAAUUAUCGGAAGCAGUGCCUUCCAUAAUUCUAACAGUUAUACUGGCUUUGAAUGGAAAAGCACCUUCUGUUUGUUAGAAGCCAGGUGGUAGAGGCAAGUUGUUGGCAUUGCUCAGGUUAGUCAAGCUGCCAUUUUGUAGUUUUCUCUAUCUUCAAUAGCAGCCCUUUGUAGUCUUCCCUGUCUUCAAUGGCAGCCAUUUUGUAGUGCUCCCUAUCUUCAGUGGCAGCCAUUUGCAUUGGCCCCAUGUUAGCUGGCCACUUGCAGCGUCCUCUGUCUUCAUCAGCAAUCUGCUAUCUUCAAUGACAGCCAUUUGCAGAGCCGUCUGUGUUUGUGUGGACAUCUGCCAUACCUCUAUCCCGCCAUCAUUAUGAUUCCUGUGUGGAAUCUCCUUGGGAUUGCAGGCUGUCUGGUACGAUUUUCUUUAAUGCUUUCCUGAAGUGUAGACUGAUCCUUAAUUUGUUUUGAAAGCAAAAACUCUGAGGAGUUAUUGGUGCUAAGUCAAACAUCCAAAAUCCAAUGCGGGAACACCACUACCUGCAAGUUCCCCUCCAUUGCCCAUCCUGACUUGGAAAUAUAUCGCCAUUCCUUCAGUGUCACUGGGUUAAAAUCUUGGAAUUCCUUCCUCAAUGGAACUGCGCAUGUUCCAACACUUAGGUGAAGUGCAGGGGUUCAAGAAAACAGCUACCUCCCACCUCCUGGACAGCUAAAGAUCGACAAUGGUGCUUAUGAUCCCUUUAGAAAUGUAUCCCUUGCAAUGCCCAACUUCCCACCUACAUCCUAAAUCUAACUGCUCUUGAAAUAGAGACAAAGAAAUGGCAGUAGAGCAUUGCCAAUAGGAGAGGCAUCAUUGUACGAGGGGCACAUCAGCAUUGGGACCCUCUAGUACGAAUACUGCCAUUAAUCUAUCAGCUAUUGAUAAAGAAAACGUGUUAAUUAUCGGGAACAGUGCUUCUCAUAGUUCAGCACAUUGCUUGCUUGUUGACGCCGAGUUAUUUAUCCCCACUGACCUGAGUCUGUUGUGUGCCUAUUUGUUUAUGCUUUGGUUGGUUUGAUGUGCCAGUCUAAUGAGGGGGUCAACCUGUAACCACAUUGGCCUUCCCCACUGCCCUGCCCCCUCUCUUCCUUUCAAGCGUAACGUGCUCUGGAUCGAGGGGUGCAGAGUUGGGGGAAGAUGGCACUGUACCAGUAACUGAGGAUUGGGGGGGGAGGGGUGGGGGGAAAUGUUCAAAUCCCACCACAGCAGCUGGGUGGAACUUGAAUUCAAUUACUAAAAUCUGGUCUCGGUGACGGUGAUUGUGAAAAUAUCACUGAUGCGAUUUCAGGAAGGAAUGAUGCCCUCCUUCUGCCUGGUGUCAACAUGCUGGUGCCUAGGCAUAGUGAACUUGUUCAAGAGGCAUCAGAUUUCAGGGCCCAUCUGUUCUCUCUCCACCCCCGCUCCCCAUCAAAGACUCCAGAACCCUCAAGUGGAGCUCGUGGAGAAGGACAACAUGGGCAGCUUCCUGACUAAUAUUUAGCCAUGUGCACAGCAGCUGGGAUCUUGCUGUGCAAGAUUCAUGUGCAAAAUCUGCGUAAGACUAUUUUUUCAAUAGUACUCUUCCCCUUUCGCCCCACAACUUCCCAAGAGCAUACCAUGCUUCCUGGGACAUCCUGAAGCAGUCUAAAUUAAACUCGUGCCCAUGGAAACAGACCCUUCGGUCCAACCCGUCUAUGCCGACCAGAUAUCCCAACCCAAUCUGGUCCCAUAUGCCAACAUUUGGCCCAUAUCCCUCUAAACCUUUCCUACAUGUAGCCAUCCUCAUCAGAGCGUUCUAUAAUCACGGAGUAGUACUGAUGACAGAGGUGACCUCACUGCAGACUGAGAGUGGGUUUGUGUUUUCAUUUUAAAACCAUCUGUCAGAGCUUUGUGCUGUGCUGCUCAGACUGGCCCAGAGUCACCAUAAAAUGCUUCAAUGUAUCACGAUUGGAGAAUUAAAAAUAUAGUCAAACUACAAA